CUACAGUCCGACAUAGGCUUCGGGAAACUGGAGACGUACGUGAAGCUCGGCAAACUGGGAGAGGGGACAUAUGCCACAGUGUUCAAAGGGAGAAGCAAACUCACAGAGAACCUGGUGGCGUUGAAGGAGAUUCGGCUGGAGCACGAGGAGGGAGCGCCGUGCACUGCUAUCAGAGAGGUGUCUCUACUGAAGAACCUGAAACAUGCCAACAUCGUCACGCUGCACGACAUCAUCCACACCGAGCGCUGCCUCACGCUGGUCUUUGAGUAUCUGGACAGUGACCUUAAACAGUAUCUGGACAACUGUGGGAAUCUCAUGAGCAUGCAUAACGUCAAGAUCUUCAUGUUCCAGCUGAUGCGUGGUCUGUCCUACUGUCACAAGAGGAAAAUCCUCCACAGAGACCUGAAGCCUCAGAACCUGCUCAUCAACGACAAGGGCGAGCUCAAACUGGCCGACUUCGGUCUGGCGAGGGCACAGUCUGUCCCCACAAAGACUUACUCCAAUGAGGUGGUAACACUUUGGUAUCGCCCCCCCGACGUGUUGCUGGGCUCGACAGAAUACUCAACACCCAUCGACAUGUGGUGA